AUGACAGAGUACAUUGCCGUCAUUAAAGAAGACCUGCUCCAUACGCGGGCAGAGUACCUCCGCCUCCCGCACCCCCGGACUGGCCAGCCGCAGCUCUACGUUCCCCACGCCGACGGCAGCCUGAGUGAAGUGUCCAAGGUGUCUGGCGCGCACGGGCGGACAUGGUUCAUCGGCGAUACGAUUGCGCCUGGAUCGAUGCUCGUCCACCAGCCCGUUGACGCGCUCUUCCUCGCUAUUCCUAUCGCACUCGACCUGAUUCCAAGCGCAAAAGCCCCGGCCCCGUUCCAACCCCUCCCCGACCUCUUGGCCACCGCGUCGAGCUCGUCAGCAUUCGCCCUCAAGCCCGCCUUCUCCCCCUCGGCCGCCGUCGAGGCGUACAACGCCGACGUGCAGCGCCUCGUCGGGCUCAAGGCGUUCCGCCGCGCCUUCAAGGCCUGCUGCGACAAGCGAUCCGUUGCUGCGCCCCCGUCCCCACCACCAGAAGGCGGCGAGAGCAAGACGAAGGGACAGACGUACUACCGCCCCUCGAUCGAUGCCAUCGUCCGCGUGCUGAGGCGGAAAGUCGACCUCUUGGCCUCGCCGGAACAGUUUGGCAAGUUUGACCAUUUGCUCCGUGGGCUUGGGCGGGACGGGCUGCUGGUUGCUGGGGUCGACGAGGGGCUAGUUCAGGCGGCGAGGAAUCGCGCCGCGAUCGAACAUGUGGCGCAGUACCUCCCUUCGACGCUGCUACCCUCCCUCACAGCGACAUACGACUUCACUGCACUCGAAGAACACGACGCCAACCGCGCUGCGGCAGCAGCCGCAGCAGCCGCCCCCGUCGUAAACGAGAAGAAGGAGAAGGGCGGCGUCAAGCGCAAGGCUCCCGUCAAGGAAACAUCCCGCGGCGUCGAGGCGCUCAAGAAGGUCAACACGACCGGCGCACAACGGUCCAUGAUGGCAGGCUUCUUCAAACCCAAGAAGUGA